CCUGCACUGAGUGUACUGAUAAGACCCUUCAUCUUGUUCCUGCCCCUCACUUGAUUGGAUUUCGGACCAGCAAGUUGUUUCCUUCAGAUCUGUUGUGUAGUCUUGCUGUCAGUUGAAUUUUCUUUGUUCCUCAGCCCCCAGUGUUUCCCAUAGACACAGCGAGGGCUCAGAAACCUACUUCACUCGGAGUCGUGAGCAGCUUGCCGGGAAAGGGAUAUAAAUGGAGAGAAAAAUGAUAUUCCAAUUUGUUACCAUUUUCUUGUCUCUGGGACCCAGACCGGUCCAGUUGAAGGAACAUCUGGAGAAGCCUGGUACUGCAGAUGGUGGUCAGAAGGAUUUCUUGACCAAUGAGGCCGGACUGGGCAAACAGCACGAGAAGUCUCAUCGUCAGAUCCUUGAGAAGAUUCAGGGACGUGUUGACACCCAAGUGGAUGGCUGGAGCUUUGAGGAGGUCCAGGGAACCAACCAGCCCUACUCUUAUGUUCGCACCACCACCACCUCGGAUUCUUCCAGGAGACAGUUGUCAUUCACCAGUGCACGGAAGCCCUUGAAGUCCCCACCAGACAGAAACUGGUGUGCCUUUGUGAAGUCGAGAUUGUCUACUGCUGUGAUUUCGUGUGGAGUGGAACGGUUUGUUCAAAGGCCACCAGAGCCCUGUGUCAACUGCCAGAACACAGUGUAUCAGCUUGCUCUUAAGCCCAUUUACAAGGUGAAGCAGAUGAUCGUCACCUCCUUGGAGUGGAGGUGUUGUCCAGGAUAUGUGGGACCCAAUUGUGAACACACAGUUCCCCAGGAGCUUAGAGCAACAUCCUUAAGGAAGCUACCAGGGAGGGAGCAAGUGACUGAAGGGAUCCUAAAUCCAACGGAAGCUCUUCUGUCAAGUGACAGCCGUCAGAACCAGGACCUGGAACUGCUUCAGCAACAGGAUGGCAUUUCUGCUCCUGCUGCCAUCACUCAGGGCUUCCACCAUGUAUCGAGCAGCCUGAGGGAAAUAAACCACUCAAAGGAAAGUAAAGGAAACCAAACAGAAUUACCAGACCUUCAGGAUGUGGUAAAGUCUCAUGUUGAAAACUUUUUGAAUCAGCACCUUCAUUCCUUAUGGACAAACAUGAACAACAGCAUACUGGUCUUGUCUAACAAAGUCUUCAAUUUGUCGCAAGAUAUAGAGAUCAACAGGGCAAAUCAUAAUAAGCUUUUAAAACAUCAAAGGGAACUUGAAGAACUGGGUAUCAGGUUAAAACUGAAACUUGAUGAAAAUAGUGAGCAGCUACAUAAAAUUGAAGACACAUUGAAAGGUCAACAACGGAGAUUUGAUAAAGAACUGCAUGCUCAGAGGGUUAAUGUUGACCAUAACAUGACCACAAUUAAGACAGAGAUCGACCUAAAGGUCAAGCGCUGUCAGAAGAUGAUCCAGAUUAAAUCACAGCUUCUAGAUAACACAACAGCCGAAUUAAGGAAAGAUCAAGACAGACUUUGGCAAGAAAUCUAUGUUUUAAAUCAAAGUAUAGCAAAAACAGCUAAGCUCCAAGGACCAAAAUUAUGUUCAUCAUGCAACUUGAAAGAUGCCCACCAGGAAAUGGGAAUGACAAAAGAGAUCUCUGAUGCACUUAAUGCUGCUCUUCAAAUUAAUUCAAGAAAUCUAACAAAUGUACUGUGUGGAUUGUGUGAUCCUGCAUCAAACCAGGUUGCCACUUUGCAACAAGCAUUGGAGAAGCAGGAGUCCAGCUGUUCAGAAAUGAUAGCUGGCCUUAAGAGAGAAAUUAAUCAAAAACUAAAUAAGACCUGGGUAGGUUUUAUGGAAGUAGUUCUGGGACUGAAUGCCUCCUUUAACCAUCAAAACUUAGGUCACAAUGAAGUAAUUUCCAAACUCAACAAUAAAGUUAAAGAACUGGAUCAGCUGUUGUAUGGUAUACCUCAAGUUGAGCAGCUCUGUGACUGUCAAAAAUUAUCUGCAGAUAAUAGUUUGGUUAUUGAUAACCUGAGAAAUGCCAGUGAAUUUAUGGACAAAAUGCAUUUUGAUCUGAAUUAUGUCAAGCAGCAAGAACUAGAACUAAGCAACAGCUUAAAUGAUUCUGUGCAAGACCUCUUCAUGGCUUUACAACAAAUUCGUCAACAAAUGCAGGACUUCCAGUUCUUGCAGGAAGGAAAGCAAAAUACUUUAACUGAAGACAUCUUAAAACUUGAGAGGAAUUCCACCAUGAUUAUUAAGGACAUUAGCUCUUUGAAAAAAUUUGACGCUGUCAUGGACUCCCGUAUCAAAUAUCUCAAUAGUUCAUUCAACUCCCUUCUGGAGGAUGCUUUGAGGCAUACACUGAUUUUGGAGCACUGGUUGGAACAAGAUAUAUUAGAGGUUACAUCUGAGGGUGCAUCAGAUCUUCAACUUCUUUCUAUGAGCACAUUAUAUCAAAUCCUAAAUGAGACAGAGAAGAAUCUUGCAGCUCAUGAAAUUAUUUUGGAAGACAUCAAAAUGAAGUUGCAGCUUCUUGAUGAAGACAGAACGAGUAAUAAAAUACACAAACUAACUGGUGCUGAGGAAAAAGAAGAAAACUUCUUGAAAGAAAGUUCUUCAGAAAUAGAUGAUACAGAUGACCCUAAAUAUAUGGAACCAGAGAAUGAGGCAAUUGAACAAAAAUGGGAUGAUUUACAACAUGGAACCAGUGAAAUACCAUUCAGGAAAAAAGACAUCGAGAUGUUGAACCUGCAAUUAAUUAAAUUGAAGUCCCACUGUAAUUCCAAAGACAAUUACUAUAAUCAUAGCUUGGAACAGAUGAAGGAGCAGUUUACAGAGUCAGUUGAGUCUCUGCAGCUGGAUGUAUCAUCUUUGAAGCAGCUUCUGGAAAGUCAUAUCUCUGAGUUUCAGAAGCUCAUUGGCAACACAGACAGGCUUUCUAAUGGGACAUUCCACACAGGACGAGGUAGUUUAGGCUUAAAGCGAAUGAGAAAGCAGCACAGGGAAAAUCACCAUGGCAACAAACAUCUGGGCAUUUAUAGAAAUUUUUCAGCCGUAGGCAAUGGAAAGAGAAGCCUAUCUGCACAGGGAUUCCAGGCUGCAUUUUUCGUGGGACUUUCCAACAAUUCUGAAACUAGCAAGAUUUUGAAUUUUGACUGGAUUUUUCUUAACUAUGGAGAUGGCUACUUAAAGGAAAAAGGCUAUUUCAAAACUCCCUUCAAAGGCAUCUACAUGUUUGUGGUGACUGUGGAAUUUGGCCAAGGCCCUGGUCUUGGUGCUCUUUCAGUUGAUGGCCAGCAUGCAUUCAUACUUCAGAGUAGCACACAGAGCAGCAUAGAUUGGGGCUAUGCUAUUCUUGAGCUCAACAAAGGACAACAUGUGUGGGUGGAGGUGACACAAGGCUCUGUAAUUCAACGGACUCAUCUGGAAACCACAUUUGGAGGAUUUCUUUUAUUUAAAACAUCUUAAGAACUUGUUACCAGUCCUGAAAAUGAAGCGAGUUUAAUGGAAGUCACUAUUGGAAGUUUCUGCUUCAGAAACUACUCUUCAGCAAAUGCUCCUCAACAGACUUUGCCUGGGUCUUAUGGACAGAAUAAAUCCAGUCACACACUUUCACUUUCCCCAUAAAUGCAUCUCCAUUAGAUCACAAUAGUAUACAAAUCUGGAUACUUAUAGUAAUAAAUGGUGAAUUCUGUUCACAUGGUCAGGAUGGUAUUAGUACAGAAAUCCAAAUUGUUUUAUAGUGGUCAAUGCAUCUUUUCCUCAGAUAAGUUAUCUAUGAGAAUGCAUCUUAAUUGUCAGUCUUGGAACUCUUGAGAACUGAGUUUUGAUCUCUGUACAUAUAAGCACUUUCUUUAAAUCUGAUCAAUGCACCCAUUUCCCUCCCAAAAACAUUGAAUACUAACAAGAGAAUAAAUACAUUUCUUUAAACUGAAGCAGAAAAUGUUAGAUAUACUACUUGCCUAAGAAAUUGAUUCCUGGUUUGAACCAACACUCACUGUUCCUUUGUUUCCCAUAAAUGUGCUUACUAAAUUUACCUCUUUUUCCCUGCCUUUUCCAAGAUUUUUUUUGCGAGAGGAGAGCUGAUUUAGCGUUACUUUUUCCAUUCAGUGAGAAAGGAUGGGGAAUUGAGAACUAUUUACAGAAUUCAUGACUUUACAUCUGCAAAAGAAUUUUAAAAAAAUAAUACUUUAGCAUUAUUUUAAAUUGAAUGAAAACCCCAUCAAUAAGACAAACUAAUAACAAGUCAAUGUUCUAUAGCAGGUGGUCAUAGUUGCUAGUUCUGUGCAAAAGUGAAAGCAGCAACAGCUUCCAAUGCACAUCAAAAAUAAAUCAAGUUAGUCAACGUGUUUCCCCCACAAAAGGAUUUAACACUUAAAUAAAAGGAUUUAAGUUGGAGAGAAGUUCAACAGAUUAUGAGUGGCCCAAUUUAAACUGCAGUUCAGAUAUGUAGCGUAACUACAUUGAGUCAGUAAAACCGUAACACAAAAUGAAAAGGUUAUUUAAAGAUGCACAUAAUCUGGAGAUGGGACUGGUGAAAACAAUUAGAUGGAAAGCAGACCAUAAUAAGAGGAGAUUUCAAGGUUGAGAAUAUAGAAUGUCUUACAAAAAGAGAAUAAUUUUGUGUGUGUACUUAGUAUAUAAACUUUUCAAAUAAACCAUAAUAUGGUAUCAUGUGGCUUUGGAAUUCGGCUUCAAGCAGCUUGGAAGCAUAGAGAUUAUUUAUAGGACAUUCUAUCAGAAUACUUACAAAACAGAAGAGGUUAUAGAUUAUAUGGGUACGUUUAAAAACAGAUAGGAUAAUUGGUUUGGUUGACUGGUUAUUAGUUAAUUGAAAUGCCUCCAGUUGAAUAAUAUUUCUAUAUCUGAAGGACAACUAAAAACAAUACCACUAAAUAGAGAAGGAUUAAACAAUAGUAUUUUUAAAAGAAGUCAUCAAAACUGUAGCUGUUAAACACAUCCUAAACAGUCUGAAAAAUAUUCCAGGAGCUGACAAAUAAAACAAAAUUACUAAUAUUAGUUAUUUUUCUUCAAAUUGUUCUCAGAUUUUUAGAUCAAUUCAUCUUUUCGUUCCUUUUGCUGAAAUCAGCAAAAGAUAUGUCAUGGGUACACAGAAAACCUUUUAGUCAGAUUUAAUAUCCACACAUCCUGCAGCAGUCACAUAGUAAGUGUACCCUGACUUCAACAAGGAAGGAAAACAAGCAACCAUAGUCAACAGAGCAACUGUGUACUAAAAUAAUGUUAUUUACUUAAUAUUCAGAUACAGGACAUAAUCUGUGUACAUGAUGCACCUCUUGCAAAGUAAUCUGUGGUAAACGCAAUAAGGCACCUUUUACCAGAUGCUGUACAAAAUAUGUUUAUAAGUCUUUAUGCUUAGUUUAAUGUGAUCAGUUUGUUUGACUUGCGAUGACAUAAGCAUUAGAUUAACAUCACUGCUUUAACCCUC